CCGUCGAUUUUUUAUUUACACUCAACAGCUGAUUGGAUAAUUCUAUCGCCGAUCAUGUAAUUCUUAGUAUUAUUAUUUAGGAUAGAGCAAGCUAUGGAAAAUUUUUAUGGUAUGUAUUUAUUGGAAACUGUGUCAUGCUGUAGCGAUCGAAUAGGAAAAGUCACGUCUUGGAAAUAUGGAUAGAAUAUUGAAGGGCGUAAUGAAAUAUAGAAAAUGCCAUAGGGAUGGGAUGGUAAAGCAAUUUAAGCAAGUGAAAGAUAAUCCCGAGCCUAAAGCGGUCUUUUUUACAUGCAUGGACUCUAGAAUGAUUCCAACAAGAUUUACAGAAACUAAUGUCGGAGAUAUGUUUGUUGUGAGAAAUGCCGGUAAUAUAGUGCCACACUCUCAACAUUUUAUCGACGAAUUAACGAUGUGCGAACCAGCUGCUUUGGAAUUGGGUUGUGUCGUCAACGACAUUAGGCACAUAAUCGUUUGUGGUCACAGCGAUUGUAAAGCUAUGAAUUUACUGUAUGCUUUGCGAGACGAAGAAUUUGCAUCUCAAGUAAAUAGAAGAAUAUCGCCGUUGAGGGCUUGGCUGUGUGCACAUGCCAGCAGUAGCCUUGCCAAGUUUCAGCAGCUCGAGAUCACUGGAUUUCGCGAGCCCCUUCUCUUCCAAGCGGAAACACCGCUCCGCAAAUUCGUGGCCUACAUUGACCCGGACAAUAAGUUCGCCAUCGAGGAUAAGCUGUCGCAGAUCAACACCUUGCAGCAAAUGCAGAAUAUCGCAUCCUAUGGCUUUUUGAAACGCCGCCUCGAGACCCACGAUCUCCACGUGCAUGCACUUUGGUUCGACAUCUACACUGGGGAUAUUUACUAUUUUAGCCGUGCGAGCAAGUGCUUUGUGGAGAUAAACGAGAUGAGAUAA